AUGGCCGGAUCCAAUGGCCCGCUGUCCAGAUCCGGGCGUGAGUGGCGGGAGGAAGGCAAGGGCCGGCAAGCUGCGGCGACGGGGAGGCGCGGGGUCGGCAAGGUGCGGGGCGACGGGGCGGGGAGCUGCGGCGGCAGCGCUGGAGGCGGCGAGCGGCGCGGGCGGUGGUGUGGAGAGGCGCCGCGCGGAUGUGGGGCGACGAGGCAGAGCUGCGGCGGCGGCGCUAGAGGCGGCGAGCGGCGCGGGCGACGGUGCGGAGAGGCGGGGUGCGGGCGUGGGCAGAAGCACGCGCUCGGCCCCAGAUGGCCUUGGGCGGGCCCCGCUCAGGCCUGGGCCGGCGAUGGUGGAGGUGGCUGGGGACGCGUGGCAGCUUGCCACUGGUCCGGGGCGGCGGCGCUGGCGGCCUCAGGUGGCGGCGCGACCAUUGGAGGCUCGCCAAGUGGCGGCGGGGCAGAGGGGCAGCGCGGAAGUUGA